GGCCUGCCCUGUCCAAUCGCUCUGCUGCUUUUGCACGUUAUGUAAUUGAGGCGCCUGCAUGUGAGACUGAAAGAAGGGAAUUUAAAGCAACUUUUCUCUUCUGCUCAUUGCUUCCCAGCAAGAGGAGAACCAAGUCUGCAGCAGGAAAUAACAUCAAGGUCCCGAGAAUGAAGAUUGCAGUCAUCGGUCAGAGCCUGUUCGGCCAGGAGGUUUACAAGGAGCUGCGGAAGGACGGCCACACCAUUGUCGGGGUUUUCACUAUUCCAGACAAGGAUGGCAAGGCCGACCCGCUGGCCACGGUGGCAGAGAAGGACGGCGUCCCUGUUUUUAAGUUCCCCUGGUGGCGAGUGAAGGGUCAGGCCAUCCCAGAGGUGGUGGACCGGUACAAGGCUACAGGAGCAGAACUCAAUGUCCUGCCCUUCUGCUCCCAGUUCAUCCCCAUGGAGGUCAUUGACCACCCCAAACAUGGCUCUAUUAUCUACCACCCCUCGCUGCUGCCUCGCCACAGGGGAGCCUCGGCAAUCAACUGGACCCUCAUCCACGGAGACAAGAAGGGAGGCUUCACGGUGUUCUGGGCUGAUGAUGGACUUGAUACUGGACCGAUUUUGCUGCAGAGAGAGUGUGAUGUUGAACCUAAUGACACUGUCAACACAAUCUACAAGAGAUUUCUCUUCCCAGAGGGCGUCAAAGGCAUGGUAGAAGCGGUCAGACUGAUCACCAAAGGGAAGGCCCCAAGGAUCACACAACCUCAAGAGGGAGCCACUUAUGAGUGCAUUCAGAAGAAAGACAAUUCGAAGAUUGACUGGAACCAGUCGGCUGAGGCCAUUCACAACUGGAUCAGAGGAAAUGACAAAGUGCCUGGGGCCUGGGCAGAGCUUGACGGACAGAAAGUGACCUUCUUUGGCUCCACUCUGGUGGACAACGGCACUGCGGCCAAUGGCCAGCCUCUGGACAUUCCUGGAGCCAGCCAGCCUGGCAUCGUCACCAAGACUGGUCUGGUGCUGUUUGGAAAUGACGGAAAGACGCUGCUGGUGAAGAAUCUGCAGUUUGAGGAUGGCAAGAUGAUUCCAGCAGCCCAGUACUUCUGCUCCGGGGGCAGCACAGCUGUGGAGCUCACAGAGGAAGAGAAAAGCUUUGCUGAGCAGAUGAGGGCGGUAUGGAAGAGUAUCCUGACGAAUGUCAGCCAGAUUGAAGAUUCUACAGAUUUCUUCAAGUCUGGUGCAGCUUCAAUGGAUGUGGUCAGGCUGGUUGAGGAAGUGAAGCUUCGUGCCAGCGCCUGCCAGCUGCAGAACGAGGACGUCUACAUGAACACCACCUUCCAGGAUUUCAUCCAGAUGUGUGUCAGGAAACUCCGCGGGGAGGACGGCGAGGAAGAGCUCGUGGUUGACUAUGUGGAAAAGAACAUCAACAACAUGACGGUAAAGAUCCCCCAUCAGCUGUUCAUCAACGGAGAGUUUGUGGAUGCAGAGGGAGGAAAGACCUACAAGACCAUCAACCCCACUGAUGGCACGGCCAUCUGUGAAGUGUCUCUGGCCCAGAUCAGUGAUGUGGACAAAGCAGUCGCUGCUGCUAAGGAGGCGUUCGAAUCGGGGGAGUGGGGCAAGAUGAACCCAAGGGACAGAGGAAGACUCAUCUACAAACUGGCGGACCUGAUGGAGGAACACCAGGAUGAGUUAGCUACUAUUGAAGCUAUGGACUCUGGAGCCGUUUACACUUUGGCCCUCAAGACUCACGUGGGCAUGUCCAUCCAGACGUUCCGUUAUUUUGCUGGCUGGUGUGACAAGAUCCAAGGCAGCACCAUUCCCAUCAACCAGGCCAGACCCAAUCGCAAUCUGACUUUCACCAAGAAGGAACCAAUUGGGUGAGGAUCAUUUUUUUCAAAUAUUUUUUCGUUUCUUAA